AUGCGUUUCUCACCACUUCUAUUUGCGACUGCCGCUCGCGCAGCGAUUCUCUGGGAUGGACGUUUCAAUGAGAUGUCCAGCUCUUCAGACCUUAAUACCUGGUCGUGGAGCAACCAAGUCGGGCCUUACCAAUACUACAUUCACGGUUCCGGCACCGUAAACAAAUACAUCAAUCUCUCCCCAGACUACAAGAACCCUGCAGACGGAGGAAGCAAACAAGGUGCCAAGUUCACCCUCGACAGCACGGCAUUCUGGAACGGCCAGACUAUGAGACGUACGGAACUCAUCCCCCAAACCAAGGCGGCGAUUGCAUCCGGCAAAGUCUGGUAUCACUUUUCGAUCAAGAGAAGCGGCACCAAUGCUCCAAGCAUCUACCGCGAACAUCAAAUCUGCUUCUUUGAAUCUCACUUCACUGAAUUGAAAAGCGGAUGGAUUUCUGGAGCCAGCGGAAACAGCGAUACCAGACUCCAAUGGUUCGUCGGAGGAAAGAGCCAAUGGAGUGUAGAAUGGGCCCCAGACGUCUGGCACAACGUCGCCUACGAAAUCGAUUUCUCCGCAAACAAAGUAUCCUUCCACCACUCCACCGGCGCCGACCCCCUCAAACUAACCGCCGGCCCCGUCUCCGCAUCCACCUCCUCCAACGGCGCAGACUGGCAUCUCGGCGUCCUCGAACUGCCCGUCUCCGGCCGCUCUGACAGCAACGAAGAUUUCUAUUUCUCGGGCACUUAUAUCGAGAGCGGGAGCCUGACUACCUCGGUUGCGGGCCCGGGCGGCGUGGUUGCGAAUCCGGGGAGCUCGACGUUGGUUACUAGUACCACGAAGGUUGCGAGUUCGACGACGAAGGUCGUGAGUAGUACGAGUAAAGUCACGACGCCUACGGCUGAGCCGGAACCACAGCCUGAGCCGGAGCCAGUGGGGACGCUGCAGAAAUGGAGUCAGUGUGGGGGCCAGGGGUGGACGGGGAGUGGGUAUUGUGUUGAGGGGACGAAGUGUGUUGCUUCUGGGGACUUUUACUCGCAGUGUUUGUAG